UAAUUAUUUUUGAUGGUCAACACUCAGUUCAUUGUCAAUACAGUUCCUGUAAAGGUUGAGGAAAACAUCAAAUGGAUGAAGUUGGAAGAGACUUCUUUGGCUUUUGUUACUCUAAGCACCAACAUCAGAUAUGAUCUUCUCCCAAUGGCUCCCUAGUAUGUAGAGAAUCUUUGGAAUUGCAGAGAAUUUUUUAAGCUCUAGUUUAUUCUGAAGAUUCCAAAUCUUGUUUUUUAUGCCCUUCUGGAUAUUGCCAAUGCCUACAUUAGUUGUGCUUCCUGGAUCUCAACCUCUUUCUCUGGUAACUCCACAUUCUGCUGCAAUGUAAUCGAAUCAGUGUUACAAGAACUCCCUGUCACUUUCUUGGCACUGUUUACAGUCUCUGUGGUUCUCCAAGUCUCUGUCCUUUGUCAGCUCACAUGCAUUUCCACAGUCACCCACUCUCAUACACAGAUACUUGCUAGCAGUUUUGAUUCCAACUAUCAGAGAAUUGAACUAGUUCUAUGUGCUUCUGUCUUCCAUCUUGUUCCCUCAUUCUAAAUCAUGCUUUUAAAAUAAAAAUUGCAGCUUUAUUUUUUAUUUUUAUUUUUUUCAGUUUUACUAAGAAGUGGAAGGAGAUUGAGGAAUAAGUAGGAAAUAUGGUGGGAGUUAAUAACCAAAGUAUGUCAUAUGCAUGUACAAAUACACCAAAAUAAAACCCACUACUUGGUAUAACUAAAAUAUACUAUGAAAGUCUCAGAUAAUAAAUCAAAUUUCAGUGUACAUUGGGAGAUUCGUAUUUUCAAAAUGUUAUAAAGGAGAGCUUUUAUAUAAGUUACUGAGACUGUUAUUGAGCACAAAUAUACUUUAAAGCCUUAUAAAUAGAGUAAUAGCAAAAAUCACCUGUAUAAAGAGAAAAGUCAAGCAUAUAUAGAGAAGUAUCACAUUAUUACAAAGUAUCACAGAAUAAAUAUUUGAAUUAAAAAUCCUGGCAUGAUUAUUUUUAUAAAAAUAUAGCAUAAAGAAACAUGAAGAUUGCUAAAGAAAAGAAAAAAAAAUCCUUUCAGUUUCUUUGGAUGAGCCAUAAUAAGGGAAAAAACUAGCUCAUGUCUGUAGCAUUAAAAGAGAAUUUAAAUUAACAAGCCAGUGAUAGGAGGUGGAGUUAAGAUUGCAGAUAGAUAACAGCUGGCUACAGUGGCUCCAUGAGAUAGUCAACUUAGAACUCAACAUAAUACAACAUGGGGAGCCCUGAACAGAGGGAGAGGAAUUCUCUUGUCCCAAGGAGAAACUAAGGUGAGAAAAAUGAAUCGAACAUACACUCCUGGCUGUCUGUGCUACCAUGCAGCCCUGAGUGCCUCCGGGCCGCCAGUGACACAGGCCAUCCCCACACCACCGCCUCCAGCCACCACCUCUGACUCAAUCACCAGGGGCCCAACAGAGGCUGGGAGAGUGAAAUGACUCAGCAUCCACCGGCUGCCCCUGCCCCCGCCACCACCACUGCCUCCCUGGAUCCAGGCCCUGUACAGGAGGGAAUGAGGAAGUGGGCGGGUUGCAGUCCUGUGGGCUUGGGACCGCAUUGCUGGGAUGCAUUGCCACCUUCGCACUUGCUGCUCACACGAGGACCCGAGCCCAUGGUGUUGGCGCUGAGCAGGCACCUGCCACCCGAGCACCCCUAAGGUUCCAGGGGUGUAUGUGUAUUUGCCACUGCCAGGCCUGUGCGACUGGAGCCCCACAGAGCCACCACCACUGCUGCUGCUGCCGCCUCUGCUCCCUCGGCUGCCUUCCUGGAUCUGGGCCGCAUCACAGAGGGCAUGAGGAGAAGGACGCAUUGCAGCACCAUGGGCAUGGGAACGGGCCUGCUGAGACGCAUCCCCACCUUCGCACUCACCACUUGUGCGAGGACCCAAGCCCACGGCACCAGUGCUGAGCAGGCCUCCACCACCUGAGCGCUCCAGAGGUCCCUGUGUGGUUGAGUGUGUCUUUGCCACCACCAGGCUCACAUGACCAGAGCCCUAUGAGCCGCUGCCAUGAAUGGAGCCCAGAGAAACUACUUCUGAAAAUACCUCUUCAGACAAUAAUCAAAAAUAUAGAACCAGAACUUUCCAGUUUCCUGCUGUGAUCAACCAGCUUUGGGGAAUUGGGCCUGCCUGCCUGCUCCCUGAAUUCUGGACUGGGCAGCCUGGAGUGAGUGUCCCCACACCAUCCCAAGCCCCUGGGAGGGAGUUUAAGAUAUCUCAGGUAACAGCAAUUUGGGGAGAGCAGCAAUUUCCCAGUUAGCACGCUUUGGAAAGACCCUAAGCAAUACAGAGAGGGCCAGAGACCCCCUAGACACAUCUGUCUGAAAGAAACCAGAAACAUGACAAGAGAUAGAAAUAAAAAAAAAUUCCAGCCACUGACCCUGGAAAAAUAAGCCCAGGAGAGAUAAAUACAGAAGAGAAACAGUGCAGUAAUCAUGCAAUAUUAGAUACAGCUUCAGUGGACAUAAAUACCUUCAUGAUCUCAUAGACAAAUUUAAAACAUUACUUCUGAUCCAAGUGAGGCAAGAUAUAAAAAGAUUAAUUAAAGAAAUGAUAAGCCCCUCCCAAGAGAACACAGGUGGAAGAAUGGAGGAACUCAGAAAAGGAAGAGAAACCUUUCAUGAAGAAUAUAAACAAAAUCUAGAAUACAUGAAACAGAUCCAAAAAGACCACCAGGAAAUUAAAAACUCCAUUGAAAGUUGGCAAAAUGACUUGACAGAAAUUAAAGUUAGCCUUUUGAAACUUGAAGAGAUUUAUGGUGUGUGAUCAUGAAGAAAAGAUCUCUUAAAAAUAACAAGGAACCAGGAAGAAACAAUUCAAAGGCUAGAAGAUGACAAGAGGAUUUAUAACUUAAGAAUAAAAAAUGUGAGGGAAGAAGCAGGAGUAACUACAAAUGAACUACAAAAAAUAUUCACAGAUAUAAUUAAGGAAAACUUCCCAAGCAUAGAAAAAAGAAAUGAUAUCCAGAUAAAUGAGGCAUACAGAACUCUAGCUACCUACAACCAAAACAGAUCUACACCCAGACAUAUAAUAAUCAAAAUUCCAGAAAUACACCACAAGAACAGAACACUAAAAGCAGCCAGAGAAAAGAAGCAGAUUACCUGUGAUGGAAAAAUUAUCAAAAUAAUGAUGGACUUAUUGCCACAAACUCUCAAAUUGAGAAGAGCCUGGGGGGAAAUAGUCCAAGUCCUGAAAGAAAUAACCUCCAACCAAGACUGACGUAUCCAGUAAAAGUCUCUCUCUCAAAAUUAAUGGAGAAAUAAGAUAUUUCCAAGACAAGGAGGAACUGUGGGAGUUCAUGGUCACCAACCUAACCCUACAAAAAAUACUGAAGGACAUUCCAGGGAAAGAGAGGAAAAAAAAUACCAGGAUUCCAGCAACAGUGACAGAGAGGCCUCAGUGAACCAGGCAGACAGUGGAAUGAAGGAGUAAACUGGACAAAUAAUGACUGAAGAAUAAAAUAGCAGAAAUGAGAAAGAGACAGUAAGCUAUAAUCUUUAAUAUAGAUAGCCCUGACACACUAACAAAAAAAGAAACACAAGCAGAGUAGACUAGGAGGCAGGAUCCAUUGAGAUGUUCUGAAUAGGAGAUACACUCAGCCUGAAAGAGGGUUAAUAAACUGAGUCAAAGAUGAGAAAACAAUGCUAUAUGUGACAGGAAACCAGAGAGAAAUAGGGACAACUCGUCCAGCAGCCACAGAUAGACUGCAAAGCUAUGACACUUUUGAGCAUUUUAGAACCUCACAGCUAGAAGGAAGGAAAGCCUUGUGACUUUAUUAAGUAAAGGAGCACAGAUCAAGAUCAAGCUCAGGGGUAAAAAGGUUUAGCAACACUCAGGUAGAUAACAGGUUGGCCCCCUAAUCUAAAAACUAAAAGAGCUAGUGGGACCCAAAAUAAACAAAGCACCCUGAGAGAGGGAAAAGGGAGUAAUUGUCUAAAAAAGGAAGGCAGAGAACAUUGUUAAUAGUGCAUUAGGAUUUAAAAGUCACAGUAGUCUUGUUGCUCUUUUUAGAUUGAUUUUAUUUUGUUCCAGUCUGUCUACCCAUGUUACAUUUGAGGGCACAGACAGCUAACCCAAAAAUAGCAGGUUAUAUCAUGGUAACUAUCUUUAAUUUCCUAUUAACUUAGACUGAAACCCUGUGUUACUUACAUUGUCUUACUAUGACUGAUCUUAUUUGAAGCUGGUUCGUUAGAUCACUGUUUAGCCUUGACUGAUUUCAUUCGAAUAUGAUAUCCUUGAUGGUAUUAAGUCUUGGAAUGGAGACAACUAUUCUGAAGAUGACAAGAUGAAAAAGAUAUCCAUUCUGGUUUUGAUUAUUAACUGUUUUCAAGUCCUACAAUAUCUUCAAAGUUGUGUUUUUAAUAAAAUAGCUAUGUAACGUUAUGUUCAAUUAUAUUAUGCCUGAUGAUGUGGACAAUUCUAUUGAAAAUAACAAGAGAAAGCAUAAUAAUACUGUAGAUCACCUAAUAUUGUGGUCCUAUAUGUCUUUUUCAUUUCACGUUUUCCUAGGAAUUUAUUUUGUUGUUUUGUUUUCAUCUGUUUUUCCCUAUAAUACUGAAAGGAUAGAUACACAUGUAGAGAGUCACACAUGGGAAGAAUUUCUAAACUGUUUACAGGAACAGAUUAUAUAAUACACAAUGUAAUGAACGGAUGUUCUGAAGAAGAGACACUAGAAACCCAGUGCUAAUUCUGUAGCAUUAUGAUAUAAAAUCUAGCAAUACUAUUAUUCACUGUUCAGAGUGAUAUUAGUCUAGACUCAUGUUCAAUUUCAGCAUACAUAAAGAUAAAGACAGGUACUACCAAGAGACUGAGAAACAUUAUGGUAGACAUUAUGGAUUUUCCCCAAAUCAGGUCUUGAAGACCUAAAAAGCCUUCAUCAUCCUGUAAUGAUCUGAUUAGUUCUAUAAUUUCCAGUAUAUAUUCAAUGUGUGUGAAGAUGGAGACUAUUUGGAAGAAAACUAGAGACAAUAAGAUAGACAAUGAAGAUUUUCAGAGGACUUGCUUUGAAAACUAUGUUUCUUUAAAUUGUUUCCUUAUAAACUGUUUUGUUCUGUUUUUCCAUGUUUAAUCUUACCCUCUUUAAGAUAAAAAACAAAUUUGUGAGACUGAUAACCAUAUUACUAAGUUCUUGUUGGAUCAUUGAGCAGAACUGUUUGCAGGGUCAUUGUUUGACUAUCACUUUGUAUGCUUUAAUUUUGUAACUCAAGCAACUAUUUCUAAGAUGAUGGUAUGUAACUUAUCGACUGGUGAUUUCUUACUGUUUAUUUUUCUGAAAUUCUGUAUUGUUUCUACCCUUUUUAUCUGUUUUUUUUUCUUUAAAUAAAAAAACAAAAAACCAAGCCCAUGAUAAAAUAGAUACUUCUGUUAACUCUAAGAGAAUCUGAAUGAUUUAACACUUUAAAAGGGAGAAAUGGUAUGCAUCUUAGUCAAAUAAAUUAGAUUCAUUAGCAGGAAUCAAUACAGGAUGAAAGGCACUCAUCAAAGCUUCAUAUAUUGUAGUGUAAUGACUCACUGACAUUCCUAAUACCUCUUCAUUAAAUGUUGUUUUGUCUUCAUCUCCAGAAGAUGCAUCAGUUACAUGGAUGCAGAGAACUAUACAGGUGCAUCACAAUUCCUUCUGCUGGGCCUCUCAGAUGAUCUUAUAUUGCAACCUCUUCUCUUUGCACUGUUUCUGUCUUUGGACCUGGUCACAGUGCUUGGGAACCUGUGCAUCAUCCUGGCCACCAGCUCUGACUCCCACCUCCACACCCACAUGUAUUUCUUCCUCUGUAACCUAUCCUUUGUAGACAUCUGCUUCACCACCACCACAGUCCUAAAGAUGCUGGUGAGCAUUCAGACACAGAAUCGAGGCAUCUCCUAUGUAGAGUGCCUCACUCAGGCAUAUUUUUAAAAUACUUUUGCUGGAAUAGAUAAUUUUCUACUGACUGUGAUGGCUUAUGACCACUUUGUGGCCAUCUGCCACUCCCUGAACUACACGGUUAUCAUAUGAACCUAACUAUGUGGACUACUGGUCCUGAUCUCUUGGAUUAUCAUCCUCUGGGUCUCUCUGAUUCAUAUUCUACUCAUGAAGCAACUGGCCUUUUCCAUAGGAACUGAAAUACCUCAUCUCUUCUGUGAACUGGCUGAGGUUCUCAAGGAGGCCAGAUCUGAUUCCCUCAUCAGUAUCAUCUUCUUAUAUGUGGCAACUGUCCUGUUAGGUGGACUUUCUGUCACUGGUAUCCUCUUUUUUUACUCUCAAAUCUUGUCUCCUUUAUUAAGGAUGUCUUCUUCUGUGAGCAGGUAUAAAGCAUUUUCCACCUUUGGGUCUCACUUCUGUGUGUUCUCCUUGUUCUAUAGAAGAGGAAUUGGGAUUUGUCUCAGUCCUGCUAUGACCCUUUCUCCCCAAAGUGGCACAGUGGCUUUUGUGAUGUACACUAUGGUGACCCCCACACUGAACCCCUUCAUCUACAGUCUGAGGAACAAGGGUAAGAAUGGGGCCUUGGGAAAUCUCAGCAGAGCAGCCUCUGGUCCUUCAUGGAUCACUAACCUUAGAAAAAAGUGAAUGUUAUGACCUUUGAGGGAAGUGUGAGUUUCAUUUUGUAACUGGGUUAUGUUGUAGUUAUGUUUAGUUUCUCCUGUCCCUUAUGACUCUGCU